AUGGCAGGACCUACACGAAACGAUGUCUGCCUAGGCCUGGCUUUUGUGUUUGUUGGUGUUAUUUAUGCCUUAAGUAACAGAUGGCAGCGGGAGUUGGUGGUUCAAGGAGUCAUCACGAGAAAACCACACAAGUUUGAUCACUUGUUUGUCAUGUGGACUCUGCAGCAACUGCUCCAGUUGAGUCUUCUCCUCGUGUGGAAGUUCAUACAAAAUGAUUGGUUUGGUUGCUCUCGCUUCAUGCAUGGAGAGAGAAACCGAGGAAAUGCACUUGCAGGAGUUCAGGCCAUGGAGAGACUACCGCCAGCAAAUGAUCCUGCUGUUAGAGAUGAGGUGGCGCCACCCCAAGAUGAGGUCGUACGUAACAGACGCAUCAACAAGAAGCCAUCAAAACUAGUCUAUUUCCCCCCAGCAUUUUUUGCACUGGCACAUGUACUCUUGUUGUACUUCGGGCUGAAGCUGACCUACAGUUCCAGCUUCAUCAUGCUGAAAGGUACUGUUGUAUUAUUUACGGCAUUAUUAUCGCUGGCUUUUCUGGCACAACAGCUUCGAUAUUAUGUUUGGUUUGGAGUUGUGGUGGCAACUAUAGGCUUUGCUGUGUCUGGAAUCUCAGACUACAUUCAUUUCCCUAGUGGUUACGAGAAAUAUGGCAUAGCAGCUGGUGACCUGCUAAUCUUGAUGGCACAAAUCAUGUUUGCCACUAAAAUCAUUUAUGAACAGAAGUUCAUACGCAAACAUUUCACCCACCCAAUGGUGUUUUUAGGAUGUGAAGGAGUUUAUGGUAGUUUCUUUGCAAUUGUGCUUCUCUUGGCAUUCAACUUUGCUGAUGCAGUGCAGUACAGCAGCCUGCCAAAUGGACGACUGGAGGAUGUCAAAGAUUUUGUGCUUCAACUUAGCAACUCGUGGCAUGCGGUUCUGGCUGUGAUUGGUUCAUUGGUCAGCUACAUAUUGUACACAUACCUGGGAAUGUUCUUGAUCCGAGACCAGGGGGCCUUGCCCAGAAUCGUCAUAGAAACAUUUACCUGGGGCAUCUACUGGACCAUCUGCCUGUUCUUACACUGGGAAAAUUUCUUCAUAGCUCAGGUGCCCGGACUCUGUGUUAUUGCCAUUGGGGCUCUAAUUUAUGCCAACAUAUUACCUCUGCCAUUUGCAUCAUGUUUGGAAAGAAGUGAAAACAACAAUCCAAUGGAAGGAGUAAACAAUGAUCAUCUACACGCAGACCAACCGGAUAAUGAUCAGACUGUGAGGCCCAAUGGUGAAAACAAUGAAAUUAUCCCAGCAGAAGACAAUGACGAUGUUCCCUUGCUGCACUGA